ACAAAGUUAGCGUCAAGUAAUAAAGCCAGGCUCUUGAUCCAAGGAAACUGCCCGAAAUUACAUCCAAUCAGCUUCAAACUCAUUGCACCUGGGUGGAACAUAGAGGAUAGUUGUGAUGGAUAGACAAGCGAUGUCUAAAAUUUUAAGAAACGAAAACUUGGCCCGGACACAGCCGGGUCGUACAGUGCGUACUCCUAAAAUUAAAUAGAAAUUACUGCAUCAGGGUAGCCUUGAUAUUCCUGUUGUGAAUUUCAUGCAGGGCGACAAUGGAAAGCCAUUCGCAAUCAUUGCUGUGACUCGAUUGUGAGAAGUACAUUGAAAAGUUUAAAGUUUAUAAAAAUCAAGAAGGAUUCUGAAAUAAUUGCACAGUCCUUACGAUGGAGCCUCCGAAGCGUAAGGCUCAUAAGAACGCGGUUAUAACAAAUCUUUUACGUGCUAACCCUGCAAAGGUAAUCCCCGUAAAAGUGCCGAAAACGAGAUCUAUCUACACACAAACAGAGGCGAUAAAAGCAAAUGGUUCAGAAGAUGCAUUUCGACCCAAGGCCAAGUUGGCUCAGCAGGAGAAGGGGCCGGCGGUCAAGGAGGACUCGCCUGCCGGCGAUGCAGAAAAGCGACUCACCAAGAAUAAGGCAUGUCAGACCCAAAAAGCUUCGCUAAAGCGCGCCAAGCCAGAUACAUCGAUAGAUCCCCAAAAGGCCACAAUGCUCAAAAGGCGAAAAAUGGCCAUUGACGUGGAUAGAGCUCGCCUCAAGAAGCUUUUAGAUGAGAUUAACAGCGAUCCGCCGCCCAGUUGGCACAAGGCCUCGAUUAUGUGGCUGGAUGUGGAUGUCCUAGAGCGUCGCAUCGAGGAAUUCGAGCAGGAGGAAGCCGCCAAGAAAACUGGGACAGCUUAGCCAAACGUAAUAAGACGAUCAAACGACCUACAUAAAUUGAUUAGUUGAAAAAUAGUACUUAAGCGCCAGUAGACAAAUAGCCUUGAUAUAAAUGUUAAUUACCAAAAAUAUUAUUAAUUAAUUUUAGAAUAGGACAUGUACUUGAUCAGAACAAAAA